AAUUCAAAAACAAGAAAGGGAAGAGUCGGGGUUGGAGGGAGAAGGUUGAGAUUUACCGGGAGCGAUGGAGGUGACGGGCUGGAGGAAGCCGCACCAGGUGCUGCAGGAGGAAGGCGACAGCCCGGCAGCCGACGUCUUCAGGGAGAUGCCCUCGUCCAGCUCCCUCAACAGCCUCCGCAUGUCCCUGAGGAGGAGGCUGCCCCUCGGGCCGGUGGACGGUAACGUCCACCACACGCCGAGCUGGGAGAGCCUGGAGCUCAGCAAGAAAGCCAGCGCUUGGCGAAGCUUCGGCCGGUCGGCGAGGAGCACCUGGGGCAGCGUCUCCCAGAAACUCCAGAAGAGGAGACAAAGCCGCAGUGACUUCCUGGUCGCCACUCCUUCAAAGCCUCAAACUCCUCAGGGAUGCAGGAGUGGUUCAGCGACAAAGAAAUGCACUCCAAGAACCCCUCGCAGCAGGGAGGGGAGGACCUGCAGCACCCCCUCCGGUGUGAAUCACUCUCCCAGGUGGAGGGAAGGUGCUCACCUCUUUGGCAAGGAUGGGCUUCCUCUAAGAAGAUCGGUUAGGUCUGCUGCAUUCAAGAGUCCCUAUGCCUCACCCGCAGGACUUAGUGGGAGGAGGCAAUUUGCCCGAGAUCUGGAAUCUGUGUCAUUUGGAAUUAGACAGCUAAAGCGCCUGUCCCAGGUAUUUGACGAAGCCAUCACCAAGGAAGAAAGUGACAUGACUCUUUCUCUGAUUGAUGACUGAAGAGAAUACAAGUGAGAGAGCAGGCGAUUGAAAAUUACCAUCGUAUCAUGUCAGAAAACAUACGUCUGUCUAAGAUUCAGGCUCAUAAAUUGUUGACGACUUCCGUUAGAAGGAAAGCAAAAAGGCUUUGCUCUACUGUGAGCAGCUGGGCAGAUGAAGCUUUGGCAAGCAUUGCAGAGCAGGAAAAGGAUUGAAUCCGAGUGAAGAUUGUCUUUGAUUGCUUUUACUUGGCAAUCUGCCUAAAGGUUUUCCAAAAGAAGAAGAUUCUUUUCUGUCUCACUGGUUUUGUUCGCUUGUGUAUUUUUUUUUGUUCUAUUUCUCUAAGCAUGAAUACAUUUUACAGUAUUAAAUGGACAGCUACACUAACUUCCUACAUGACUAUUUUACAAUGAUGGUCCCUAGUUUUGGUCACACCUGCAACUAUAUUGAAUUUUAGUGCAGCAUAAGGCAGUUAUGCUCAAACUACUUGAGUAAAGCUGGUUUGUGUUCUCCUCAAUUGUUAUAUGUGAGGUAAAAUAUCACUUGCCUCUUGUUAGGGCUUCUGCCCAGCUGAAUCAAAACUAUUCAUUCCACCCAGGGUGAGAAGUUUAGAGAAGCUGCUGCUGGUAGUGACUGGUGAGGGACAGUAAUAUACACCGUGGAUUAUAGACUUGUUACUUCUGUCCAAGCAGCAAUUAGUGCAGGAGGGAGAUAUGUUCUACAGAUCCCAUUGUCCCUUUUCUGAAAUUCAUUUCCAAAUACAAUAUUAUAAAAUAUUGUUUCUCAGCUGAUUAAACUAUUUUAAAAAUCAGAUCCAGAAAACCCCUCUGCAUGAAAACUAGUGUAAAUUUGACUUGGGAGCAUUGAGUUAUAAAAGGCUACAUGUGAUCAGUACACUCUAGAAACUGAUCACUACAUGAAGGGGGAAAAAAAAUGUCUUUGUCAUAUAUAUAUAUAUAUAUAUAUAUAUAUAUACUCUGAAUUUUUUUUAACUAAUUAUACAGCACAAUUUCAAAUAGGAUCAUUAAAAUUGCAGAUAGAAGAAUUCAUUUGAGUGCAUUAAGGAAUUACCAGACUGCCAGCUGAGUGUUGGUAAUCAACAGGGUUGCCAACCCUCCGGGAUUGGCCUGGAGUCUCCAGGAUUUGAAGAUCAAUUUCUGGGACACAGUUCUGUUCAACCCUGGAGAAAAAUCAUCAGGAUAUUAAUGUUUUUUUUUGUCAUUUCCUUUGAGCUUUUCUCUAUACCAGAUAUUAAAAUAUUGAAAAUGGGAGAAAAGGGCUGUUUGGCCGACAGUCAAGCACCAUCUAAUUGGGUAAAGAGUCUUUUUACUUUCUAAUUGGCGUAGGAAGGCAGUGUCUCUCUAAUGGCUGGGGGGGUUGGGGGGGGGGAGUCAUGUGAUGAAACCUCUGGAAUACAUUUAAUCGCAGUUGGAAGCCUAGGAAAGAAUGUUUAGAAUUUUAUUUUUUUUUUUAAGACUAGUCUCCAUUGACCAAAAAAUAUGGAUCUUAUUCCUUUAACCAAAUAUAAAUGCCACAUUUUAUAUUUUAGUAAGCUGUCUAAGUGAGCACAAGUGAUACUUUUACCCAUUAGGAUGCUGCAUGUAGUUUGGCAGGGUGGAGGGGAUUAGUAGGUAGAUAGAUAUUGUGUUAAAAUGAGUCAUUGAAUUUAAAGUCCAUAAUUGGCUGUGAUUCUUGUAAUACUUUGAUUCUGCACAGUGACAUUUUUAGGUUCAAAGCUUAUUUUUGUAGCUAAUGCUCAAUUUCAAUAUAAUAUAAUCACUGUGUGCAAAAAUUAACUGAAACAUUUGGCAUUUCUUUGGUUCCAAUAUACAGACUUCUUAAAGGACCAGCAUGGUUUUUCUUUUAGAAAAAAACAGAUUAGAAUUUUUUUUGAGGUUUGGGUAGAGAAGGAUUGCAUGUCAUUUACUGCCAUGUGACUUAUAAUGGAUUGAGGGAACAUUGGGCUAAUGGAAUGAAAAUUCAACAUCUGAAAGCUCAUAUCUUUGGACCUCUGUGCGUGUUUCAUGUAUAUUUUCAUUUGCUCACUCACUGGAUUUUAUUUUUGUUGGUGUACUUUGCGUUUUAGUACCAGGUAAGGCACUUACACUCAAAGUACUUAAAUGACGCUUGUGUUCUCAUUUAUUGUACCUGUUAAUUCAUAUGAAGGAAUUUAAUAUGUAUUUUCUAAUUAACAUGAGCUAUUCAAUGUUAUGGUUCUUUUGAUGGCUAGACUGUUAAUACAAGUUAUGUUAAGCCAUGUAUUUCAAGGGCUCUGACAGAAUCUUAGUUUAGCUUUUAACUUACAGUCACAGAAGACAGAAAUUGUGUGUGUAUCUUGCAGGAAAUUUGAACCAUUUUUAAAUUUGUAAUGAGUAUUAGAAUCUUUUUCACAGAAUAAAGUGUAAGAUAAUCUGUCGUUGUUGAUAUUUGAAAAAAUAUCAACUUUGAGCUUCAUAGAUGUUAAAAGAACUUCAGAUAUGUAUUUUUCUAUUGAUGUUAUAAUUCCUUAUUAUUCCACGAGAUUUCGGAAUAUUGGUUAUUUUAGGGAUCACAAAUGGCCUUGACUAUUAUACAAAGAACUUGCUAUUCCAUGGUGACUAAUAGAGAUAGAUUUAUGAAGCUCAGCUCCCAACAUGAAAAUUCACAACCAAGUAAUGAUCUGAAAGUACAUUAUGAAUCAAGAAAUAGAUUGUAAUGUGAAGAUGAGGUUAAUGGACCUCAUUUCAAUGUAGCAGUGUUUCUGUGCAAGAUACCAUAUCCUAUCUCGAUACAUUAGAUAUUAGUGUAUUCACUUUGAAAGCAAUGUUUAUUUAAAAAAGUAUUGUACCUUUUCAAAAUAUUUUAUCAUUGAUCAUGGCAUUUGAUUAAAUAUUCACAUUACUCAAAUUGUUUAAUUACAGAUAAUGUAGCUUUUUUUUGGAAAAUCCAUAGCUGACCUCACAACUGAGAACUUUCUUGCUGUUAUAAUUGACUGGAAUGCAAACACAAAUAACCAAGGAAAUGAUUAAAUAUUUGUGCCGGGAUCAAAUUUGCAUUUUUUAUAAUAUUUUAAUAAACGAUAGGUGGUUUGUUUGAA